GGUACCCGUUGCCAAGCAACGCAGACCGAGGCCUACGCCAGGAGGCGGGGAAGCCAGCCCAAAGGGCCAGAGCUGGCCGCCUCCUAUUGGCCAGCGCCAGCCCGGGUGCGCGCGCAACGCUCCGCGGCAGCGUCUGCAUCUGCUUCUGAUUGGCUGGAUGUCGGCUCCCGCCCCGCCCCCUCGAGUCAGAGGCGCUCGCUGAUUGGAGGGGGCUAUAGAGGGCCCUCCCCCCGGUCGCCCUGGCUUGGAAGCAGCAGCAGCAGCAGGAGGAGGAACAAGAUGGCGGCUCCCGCGGCAGUACUUUUGGCGGCGCUGGCUCUGGCUCUGGGUCUGGCCGAAGGCGGCGGAGGGACCCGGACGCUGGUGCUGCUGGAGAACCUGACUCUCAGGGACACCCACUCGCUCUUCCUCCGGAGCCUCGCAGAGCGGGGCUUCGACCUGACCUUCCGGACGGCGGACGAUCCGGGCCUCUCUCUCAUUAAAUACGGGGAGUUCCUCUAUGACAACCUGGUCAUCUUUUCCCCGUCCGUUGAAGAUUUCGGAGGCAGCAUCAACGUGGAGACCAUUUCUGCUUUUAUCGACGGCGGCGGAAACGUCCUGGUGGCAGCCAGUUCGGAUAUUGGCGACCCUCUUCGGGAGCUGGGAAGUGAAUGUGGGAUUGAAUUUGACGAGGAGAAAACAGCCGUCAUUGACCAUCACAACUAUGAUGUCUCUGAUCUGGGCCAGCACACUCUCAUUGUGGCAGACUCAGAGAACCUCUUGAAGGCACCGACGAUUGUGGGCAAGAGGCCGCUGAACCCCGUCCUCUUCCGGGGAGUUGGGAUGGUGGCUGACCCUGACAAUCCCCUGGUUCUCGACAUCCUGACUGGCUCUUCUACCUCAUAUUCCUUCUUUCCCGACAAACCCAUCACACAGUACCCUCAUGCCGUUGGGAAGAACACCCUCCUGAUCGCUGGCCUCCAGGCCCGGAAUAACGCCCGCAUCAUCUUCAGUGGCUCCCUGGACUUCUUCAGCGAUGCCUUCUUCAACUCGGCUGUGCAGAAGGCAACCCCUGGCUCCCAGAGGUACUCCCAGACCGGCAACUAUGAGCUGGCUCUGGCCUUGUCCCGCUGGGUGUUCAAGGAGGAGGGCGUCCUCCGCGUGGGAGAGGUGUCCCACCACCGCGUGGGAGAGACGGAGCCCCCCAGCGCCUACACUGUCACUGACCUCGUGGAGUACAGCGUCGUCAUCGAGAAGCUCUCAGAGGGGAAGUGGGUCCCCUUUGACGGCGACGACAUCCAGCUGGAGUUUGUCCGCAUCGACCCAUUUGUGAGGACUUUCCUGAAGAGGAACGGAGGCAAAUACAGCGUCCAGUUCAAGCUGCCCGACGUCUACGGAGUGUUCCAGUUCAAAGUGGAUUACAACCGGCUGGGCUACACCCACCUCUACUCCUCUACGCAGGUGUCCGUCCGUCCCCUGCAGCACACGCAGUACGAGCGCUUCAUCCCCUCGGCCUAUCCGUACUACGCCAGCGCCUUCUCCAUGAUGGUGGGCCUCUUCCUCUUCAGCAUUGUCUUCCUCCACAUGAAAGAGAAGGAGAAGUCGGACUGAGGGGGGAUGAGCCUGGGAGCCCGAAGGAGAUUCCCCACUUGCUGUGGGCAGGAGCUGCUCCUGGGACCACGGAGCCAGGCCUUCUGGGCCAGACCCCCUCAGGACCUGGGGGGCGGUUGGGGGAGUGAAGCAUGGACUUUUGGGGGAUGCUGCCCUGUUGGCAAUGCUGCUGAGACGUCUGUGCUGCCACCGUCUUUCAUUCUGGGUCUUUCUCUCAUUUUCCUCCAAAUAAAGAGGUGACUCCCCUUCA